CGUUCAUCUACGAAGAACGAAAUGUGGCCAUAGCGAUGACCUUGAGGUGGUAGAGAAUUUCGAUAUUGACGUUUACAAAGUCUUCUCCUAUUGGUUCUCCCCACCGCUUGUCACUCAGCACUGUCAAAGGUGUCAAAUAUCUCGCCGUUAUAAUUUUCAUCAUUACAAUUUUUGCGUCGAGUAGUGAAGUGUUUGCGUUGAUUAAUUUCCGUACCUUUAUUUCUCCGUGAUAAUUGUGAUAUUCAGUGCUACUUGGCAUUUUGAUCUUCAAAAUGCUUCGCAAGUGCUGUAUACCCGGCUGUGAUAGCAGUAGUAAACGAAAGGACGUUAUGCUGCACAAAAUGCCAGCAGCGAGUGAAAAAGUGAUAAUGUGGAAGAAAACUAUGUCGGCAGUAUUCAACUUGUUCGAAGGUUUGGCAUCAGAUGAAAUCGGCAAACUGUACGUUUGCCACAAACACUUCGAAGCCAGAUACAUCUCUUCAAAGUUGCGCUUACGGCCAAACGCGUGUCCAACAUUAUUUACUGAAGAAGAAAUCACCACGGGAACACCGGCUCGCCCUUCGGUUGAACGAGGAUUCAUUGAACUUGAAAUGAGGAACUCUGACCACUCGUAUGCAAGGAGAUGUCAUAUUGACCACACUUAUGCCAUGAGCGCACCAACAAAUAAUUCAGAUGAUGCUGCUGGUUUACCGCCACACAUCACAACUGGAGCUGAUUCAGGUGGAGUUACACUGGAACAUAUUACACCGAGCGUAGAACUGUCUAUUGAGCCGUCAUCCUGUCUUAAUUCAGAGUGCGUCCAAUCCAGCGCAGAUCAAGCCUGCUCGUCGCUCGUCACGGCUGUGAUGUCGUCGUUUGAGCCAACUUCACCACAAACAGUGGUGGACUCAUCAAAGACUAAUGCGGCUCAGGCUUGCAUCACAACUCCGGGGCCAUCUGUUGAUUCAAAUGCGGAAAAAACAGAGCCUGCACGAGCAUCGGGUGUUAAAGAAAAAAAUAGGCGAAAACAACGAACAGCGAAAUGGUCUUGUCGCAAACGACUACGAGUUGUAUCAAACACCGAGCAACUGUCGCCAGAGUGCGAAGUGUUGUACGCACAUUAUAAGAAAGCGACAAAACAAGCAGAUUACUUCAGACGAGCUAAGAUGGCGUCUAAGCUAUCACAAGAGGAUUCUUUUAAAAAAUUAGUGGCAGGAAUGAACUCGGUAGCAAGAAAAUUUCUGUGGAUGCAGGUUAAACUCUGUACUAAGAGUAAAAAAGGCAGAAGGUUUAGCCUAGAGGAAAAAGUAAUUGGCCUCUCAAUAAUGAAACAAAGCCCGAAAUGCUAUCGAUUCUUACAGAGAAUAUUUAUUCUGCCGUCCAAAACGACAUUAAAUACGUUGUUGCAGAAUGUGAACAUCGAAGCUGGCAUCAAUACCCAAGUGUUUGAUGUCAUUAAACAAGAGGUCAGCGAAUGGAAUGAGGCCAAAAAAAUGUGUUCCAUAAUAUUUGAUGAGAUGAAGUUGGACGCUGGCAUCCAUUACUCUAGGAAACGUGACAAUAUCACUGGAUUCGUAGAAUUGUCUGAAAAGACCAACCACUUGGCCGACCACGCUCUAGCAUUUAUGAUUAAAGGCGCGGUUCAUAAGUGGUAA